UCACUGAUCCUCUGCGCAUCUCCAAGCCUCGAGUCAUUCUCUGCAAUUAAAGGCUCGGCUUCGUCGUUUAUCUCUGAUAUUUGCGUUCUAUAACAUUUUAAAAUCGACACUACAACUAAUAGUAGUAAUAAAUAAGACAAAGAGAGCUUUACUACUCUGCUUUUGAUAUACAUUUCGUGAAAUAGCCGAAUUAUAUACACCUGCGACACAAUCCAAACCGUCGUAGAGACUGCGCUGUUUUCCUUGCUUCUUUUUAAUAUCUUUAUAGAAAAAUUAACAAGCAUGAAAACCAAAUUUAUCAACGGGGUAUCGUCUUCCCCUUCUAUGUCGCUGGGCCUUCUAGUGACUGAGAACGCCCUACAUGUCCUGCCCGACACCCAGGAGGACUCUAAGGAUCUGGUCCGCCCCGACCAGCCGGACCUAGAGACCCGACGCAAGGCUUAUCUGUGGUGCAGGGAGUUUCUGCACGGAGCCUGGAAAAGACUGGCCGAGGAGGACUUCCAGAUCACCAUCAUAAGGGGUGGUCUGAGCAACAAGCUCUUUUUAUGCAGUCUCCCCGACAGCCUGGACUCAGUCGGGGAUGAGCCAAGGAGCGUCCUGCUGCGCCUCUAUGGGGCCAUCCUGCAGAUGUUCUGUAAUAAAGGGGACUCCCGACAGUCAAACAAAGAGAAUCACUUCCAAGGAGCAGAGGCCAUGGUUCUGGAGAGCGUGAUGUUCGCCAUCCUGGCUGAGAGGGAGCUGGGACCAAAACUUUACGGCAUUUUCCCUCAGGGACGCCUGGAGCAGUAUGUCCCCAGCCGGAAACUGGACACCUGUGAGUUAAGCGACCCCAGCAUCUCCGCUGAGGUUGCACAGAAGAUGGCCAGGUUUCAUGGGAUGAGGAUGCCCUUCAACAAGGAGCCAAAGUGGCUGUUUGGGACCAUGGAGAAGUACCUGAACCAAGUCGUGAGGCUGAACUUUACCAGAGAGUCCCAUCUGCGGCGCUUUAACCGCUUGCUCGCCUACAACCUGCCACAGGAGAUAGAGACCCUGAAAUUGCUGCUGGAGUCCACCCAUUCCCCUGUAGUGUUCUGCCACAAUGACUGCCAAGAAGGAAACAUCCUGCUCCUGAAGGGCCGCCACAGCUCAGACAAACAGAAGCUGAUGCUAAUUGACUUUGAAUACAGCAGUUACAACUACAGAGGCUUUGAUAUCGGCAAUCAUUUCUGUGAAUGGAUGUACGACUACAACUGUGAUGAGUUUCCCUUCUUCAAAGUUGAUGCUCAGAACUACCCUUCAAAGGCCCAACAGCUUCACUUCAUCGAGAGCUACCUGCAGGAGUCUGACCAGGGUUUUGACAACCUGAGCGAAGAGCACCAGAUGAAGCUGAAAGAGGAGCUGUAUGUGGAAGUCAACAGGUUCUCACUUGCAUCUCACUUCUUUUGGGGCUUGUGGUCCAUCAUCCAAGCAAGGCUGUCAACCAUUGAGUUUGGAUACCUGGAGUACGCAGAGGCCAGGUUUGACGCUUACUUCCAGCAGAAGAUGAUCUGGGCUGCCUAAUGUAGCAGGACAACUGGGUGGUUUGACGAUACAUUGAGCCAAAAUGUCAGCAAGAGGACAAAAAGCUGAAAAAGAUUCAAAGAUCCACUCAUUACCUACACUCCCCACCUAAGGGGAAUUUGCUGCCUCCUGUUGGUGUUUUAUUGACCAAAGCCAAAACCUAAUCCCGUGGCUAGGCUCUUGAAAUACACCUCCCAAUCAAUCGCAGCUCAAAGUUUACAAUGUAGCUACACAAAGGCCAACUGAAAAAGGAAAGAAGACAUUGACUUUGACUAAAAUGCAAUACCGCUCAGAUGUCCUCUCUGCUUCUGCUGGACCUUAUCGCUAGCAUGACGAGUUUGAGUAGGUGAAUGGCAGAUUUCGAGCUACUACUAGAGCGGAAAUGUUAACAUUGCAUCAAUGUGUAUGUAUAGAUCAUUCCCUGAAGGAGAUGUUCUGUGGGAAAGAACCAAAACGCAGACUACUCUGCGUAGUUUUGCUCACUGUGGCAGCCAGUUGCUAACGUUGUAUGUUAUAACAUAUUAUGUAGAUUUCAGUGUGCCAGCAGAACGUUACUCAUUGGUUGAGUGGGCAGGUGAAAUCAUGAAAUGAUUUAUAGGUCUGAUUUUCUGUACGCACUUGCUGUUUGAGUGACUUCGUUUCUUUAUUUGGGUGUGUUUGUCUUUGUCAGGCCAGACCAUUUUAAAGACGUGAAUAUCUUCCACCAAAUGAUAUUCAAAUACUCAUCAGGUAUAUCAGCUUAUGCGUAUGCCUGAGUCUUCGUGACAUCUUUACUAAUGUUACUCACAACUUUAUAUUUUAUAAAACAGAGGUUUGGAGUGUUGAAAGUGUGAUCUGAUUUAAGUGACCAGUAAAUACACAUUUCUGUACAGUUUGCUGAGCCAAAUACCUGAGCAUGUUUUUAUGAACGUUGCUGCUAAAUUCCACAUUGGCAAUUGUAUACUAAAGACAGCUUUAUGUGCACACGACAUCGGUUCUUUAUUUUGAUAAUGGAUUUUGGUGAUCGGUCACUCGUGUGUUGGCACAAGUGCCUGCUACCACGCUGCCUCGUCAAUGUACUCUUCAUCCAGAAUAAUGACGCAGGCGGUUGAGUCAUGCAUCAAAGCUUAUUUGUUUUGCACAAAUUACUGCAGUGAAAGUUCUAAAUAAUUACUGUGACAAAGAGGUAUUUGAAAGACUUUUACAAUUUAGAGACAUAUGAAAGUCCAAUUACAUAUUAUAAUCAGUGUUUUCAGUCAUGGUAAAAAUUGUACUUUAGGGGUCGUUUAACAAUGCAUAUCAUCACAGGAAAGGUCAAAUGUUUUCUCAAGUUUACCUCAACUAUUCCCUGUUAAGACCUUUAUGGACAAACAUCUAAAUGGUGAAAUAGGAGAUAAUUAUUCACUGCAUCAUCCAUCAGACACCAAUCACCUAUGACUUUUGCCUUGGCUUUAAUUCAAUGUAACAACUUGAUGUUUAGGUUCUUUUUUUUAUUCUUUUGUUAAUACUCUGUGUUUUAUUAACUAGGCUUGCUUUUUACAUGGUUACUACCAUGUUAAAGUUUGUUUCCAUACUUCAUUUUUCCUUAAUCAAAGACAAACAUCUAAAUUUCUCCCAAUUAAGGAGUUUUUACAUUACUCUAUGUCUAAAUGGCAUCCUUUUUGAUUUUUGCCAUAUAUUUUUAGAUUAACAUUUCAACCAUGAGUAUUUUCCUUUUUAAAUAAUGUGUAUAAGCAUACUUCAACAAAAAGCAAAACAGGGAUAUGUCUACUAAUUCUUAGACCCAAACUGAAUACUGAUUGUAAACUGGACCUGUGUUUCUUAAACUCUAAUUUUAUCAAACAUGCAAGGGGGGAAAGGCUUUUUUAUCAUUUUCACAAACUGAAUAAAUAAAUUCAAGUUGACAAAUUGUGCUUUGUAAAAUCUGUAUUUAAUGAAAAAUAAUCCUAUUGUAAUGUUAUCGAGUUUGAAACAGAACUCAUCCAAUUAAAUCCACCCCCUAAUUUUGACCACAUUGACAAAAUUAAUGAUGAUUUAAAUUUUCCCCAACUUAAAUCGACUGCAUUUUUAAUGAUCAUUAAAUAAAGCAACAGAAAAAGCUAAUCAUAAUGUAUAAAAGUGGUACAAACUAACUAGCAUAGCAUAACUGUUGAUAAACACUACAUCACUGAUUUUAUUCUGUUAUACCUCUGUCCUUAUAGGGAAUAUUCAUUAUGGAAAGUUCCUGUAUUUCCUUUUUGUUUUACAAUUCAAAGUUUUUACCAACUUUGUGAGAUUUUUGAUUGACUUUAUUUGAGACAUGCAUGUUGACAGUUGCUAAUGCUAGUCUAAAAUCCCAUUCCAUUAAAACCAGCUAACACACUGUAAAAACAAAUGCAUCAAACUUGAUGUGUGCAAGGUUUAAGCGUGUACUUAGUAUAUCAUUUGCUGCUUGGUGUCAGAUUUCUGGUCAUUUUCAGGCAAAGUGAGCUAAGCUAACCUUCAUAAAUAAAUUACUGUUCUGUAUCUUAUUAUCUGUGAAUAACUGGGGUGUAUUUGGGGGCUCACCAUCAAAAAAGCUGAGUUAUGAAAGUUGCAAUAAUUGAAGUAAAAGCCUUACAGCACUGUGAAGCAUAAUACUAAAACGGUCACUACACAGGAUACUGAAACCAGAUUUGAACAUCUAUUGUGGCACUUUUGAAAACUUGUGAAAAAAAAAAAAGAUUUCUGAACUGUGACUUUUGAGUUGUUUAAAUGUUAGUUUUACUUUUGCUUGUGUAUUUAUAUUUACUUUUUAAUGUGUUUAAUUUGUAGAUUUAUUUUUAUUUUGAUACAUCAGACUUGACGUCCACCAUCAGAAUGUGCAAAGGGUUGUGCUGGACAGAUUUUCUAUUUUUUAUGUUACUGGUACAUUUUUUUGUUGUUUAGUGUAUCACUUCUUCAAGCUAAUCUGAUGUAUCCCAGUCUUAUAGACAUCACCUUCCAUUUCUUUAUGUUUCACUUGUUAUUACUAUGUUUAAUUACAAAAAAACUAUUUUUAAAAACAUGUUGAUGUACACAUCAACAUGUUUUUUUAAAUGCUACAUUCCAUACAUGUUUUCUUUAUGUGGGAUUACACAUAAACAAACCUACAGACCUAAAGCCUGGCUCUAACGGUUCUUUCAGUAAAACUGUAAUUAGACCCUGGUCGCUGAACAAACACACCCACCCUGUAAAUAUUUAAUAUAAUAUUCACUAACAAAUAUGUAGAAAAAUUAUUCCAAGAUAAUUAAUGAUCAUUAUUGCUGAUGUACAAUGCUGUGAAAAUUAUUUCCCCCAUACAGAUUGUUUCUACUUUUGCUUGUUUGUCUUUUAAUAUUUCAGAGCCACCUAAACCUAAUAACAGGUUGUGCCCACUCUUCUUUGCAGAAAUGUUUUAUUUCAGCCACAUUGCAGCGUUUUCCAGCUAAAUAGCCUGUUUAGGGUCAUGCCACUGCAUUUCAAUUUGAUUUGAAUUUGGACAUUUGACUUUGACUAUACCACUCUGAAACCUUUUUUUAAUUAUUUUUAACUUUUUCAAAUAGGGCCAUGUUGGUUUAGAUAGCCUUUUUCCUUAGAAGUUAAACCAUCAACUGCUUUGUGUUUUUACUCAGGCAUUUUUGUCUGAUAGUAAAAUCAGAUCUGGAACAUUUAUGUGUUAACCCAAAAUAAAUCCGUAAGGGGGCAAAUACUAUUUCAAUGCGCUGUACAUUAUGGCGUUGUUCUAUUCCUUCAUGGCAACAAAUAUUCAAUGAUUUUACUCACCUUUGUUAUCUAUGCAUCUAUAAGUGAAUGCAUAUGUACUUACAGCAACUUGCAACCGCUUUGUAAUCAGAAAGGUUUUUGUUAAACUGCAGCAGCACUGAAAUGACUGUAAAUCUAUGCUUUGCACAAAUAAAAAAACCGAAAAGAUUGA